AUGGCUGCUUUGAUUUCCCAGCAAUACGCAUUUCGUGCUCAAAAAUCCAUUGGCCUCAUCGGUGGAACUCCCGACUACAAACCAGUUGAAGGUUUCACUGCUCCAGAUGCCACUGCACGCACUUACGCCUACAGUGCUGAUGGGAGGCUCUAUGCUUAUUCAUUGCCAACGGUUGUCAGAAUAUUCCAGGCGGAGGGCGCUGUACUACUGCAAGAGCUUCCUAUUCCUAACGUCAUCGAGUUCAACUUUUCUCCGCGCGGAACUUACAUUUCAACCUGGGAACGCCCCAUCAAAUUAGAAGAUGGCACUCAGCACAAAAACCUCCGAAUCUUCUCUACGUCGACAGGAGAAGAACUCAUGACGCUCAGUCAGAAGUCGCAGGAAGGAUGGGACCUUCAGUACACCAUUUCAGAAUCACAUGCAGUUAGAUUGGUUGGGCAAGAAAUUCAGGUGUUCCGUCCAGCGGAUUGGGGUAAAGGCAUCACAGAUAAGCUCAAGGCUGAAGGCGCUAGUUCUGUCACAUUAAGCCCUGGCCUCAACCCGUCUAUGGCCGUAUUCAUUCCGGAGAAAAAGGGUGCACCAGCGAAAAUCAAGGUUUACAGCCUUGUCUCAUUGUCAGAUCAGCCAACGUGCCAGAAAACUUUCUACAAAGCAGAUCGUUGCCAAAUCAAAUGGAAUACUCUCGGAACGCAGGUCCUCGUCCUCACGCAGACAGAGGUAGACAACUCGAACAAGAGCUACUACGGCGAAACUGGUCUUUACCUCCUUAGUGCGGCGGGCAAUUUCGACUGCAGGGUAUCUCUGGACAAGGAAGGUCCCAUACAUGACUUUGCGUGGAGUCCCAAUUCAAAGGAAUUUGGGGUCGUCUAUGGAUACAUGCCCGCGAAGACCACUAUAUUUGAUCAGCGCGUGCGAUCCGUUCACUCAUUUGAUGCUGCGCCCUACAACUUCAUAUCUUUCAAUCCUCAAGGUCGUCUUUUAGCCCUUGCUGGGUUCGGUAACUUGGCGGGCAAAUUGGACAUAUACGAUCGACGGUCACUAAACUCUCCGAACUCAGCUAAGCUCUGCACUAUCGACGCACCUAACACAUCGCACUGUGAAUGGUCUCCUGAUGGUCGCUUCCUGCUCACUGCCACCCUCUCACCUCGUCUCAGGGUCGACAACGGUAUCAAGAUUUGGCACGCCUCCGGUACUAUGGUGCACGUCCAAUUCACGGAAGAAUUGUAUCAAACUUCAUGGCGUCCCAUACCUCUGGAACAGGUACCCCCAAUUCCUACCUCAGGUCCAAACAAUGGUGUGGGUGUCCCCCCACAGCCGAGUUCCGCGAUGCGUGAGCUCGAAGCUCAAGGAGGAUUAAAGAAGUCUCCGCCGCCUGGUGCUAAGCCUGCGGGAGCGUAUCGACCUCCUGGCGCUCGCGGCCUUGCGACGCCCGCCAUCUUCAAACGUGAGGAUGAGGGUGGAUUACCAUCCAGCCACCCUGGUUCUGGUGCCAACACCCCGCAGAGAGGGUAUAGUCCUGCACCAAACGCGAGUGGGCGAAGUGGACGUUAUGUUCCGGGUGCUGCUCCCGCCGCUAACGGGAAGCAGAAUGGCCAUACCAAUCCAUCUCCCAGACCAGGACACCCAAGAAAUGAUUCUAGUGGAAAGGACAAAGCUGAAGGAAGAAAAAGGAACAAGGGUGCGAAGAAGGGGAAUAAUGUUGAGAAGAAUGGAAAUGGGGAGGAGAGACCGUCGCUCGAGCUUCCUCUGCCCCCUCCACCAAAUGGGGACAAUGUUUCUGUUGACAUCGAGGCUGGCUUGAUUACUCCCGUUACGCCAGGUGUAGAUGUAUCUCUCGACCCCAUCGCAAAGAAGGUUAGGAACUUGACCAAGAAGCUCAAGGCCAUAGAAGAGCUGAAAGAGAAAGCUAAACGGGGUGAACGACUUGAGGCAACGCAGGUUAAAAAGAUUGAUGGUGAAGCUGAGAUUAAGAAGGAACUUGCUACACUCGGUGCUCCUGCGUAA